UCAAAUGAAAGGGUCUGUUACAUGGCUAUUAUCUUGGGAACCCUGCAGCGUGCAUUGGGUUAAGUACAUGCUGUUCUUCUCACAGGUGGAUUCGCCGAGUUCUCCAGCUCCUUCCCCGGUCUCUGUGAAGGAAAAUCCACCCUCAUCCCCACUUGCAUUUCUCAACCCUGCCUACCUGUCUCCAACAUUGGCCCAACCAGAAUCCUGCCUCAUCUCUACCUUGGGUGUCAGCGGGAUGUCCUCAACAAGGAGCUGAUGCAGCAGAAUGACAUUGGCUACGUCCUGAACGCCAGCAAUACUUGCCCAAAGCCAGAUUUUAUUCCAGAAUCCCAUUUCCUGAGAGUGCCUGUGAACGACAGCUUUUGUGAGAAAAUUCUGCCUUGGUUGGAUAAAUCAGUCGAUUUUAUAGAGAAAGCCAAAGCCUCCAAUGGGUGUGUGCUGGUGCACUGCCUGGCUGGGAUAUCCCGCUCCGCCACCAUCGCCAUCGCCUACAUCAUGAAGAGAAUGGACAUGUCCUUGGAUGAAGCUUACAGAUUUGUGAAAGAAAAAAGGCCGACCAUUUCUCCCAACUUCAACUUCCUGGGCCAGCUGUUGGACUUCGAGAAAAAGAUCAAGAACCAGGGCGGUCAGCCCGGACACAUCAGUAAGCUGAAACUUCUGCACUUGGAAAAAAGCAGCGAGCAGGUGCUGGUGGCAGAAGGUGGGCAGGGCAGCCUCUCUGCCAGCCAGCCGUGCUCGGCCGCCGCCUCCUCCGAGCUGGCGGAGCAGAAGGCCUCAGACUGCGGCGGUGCCCCCCGCGGGCACCCGUCCCCUCUGGAGGAUGCCCCGCUGGUGCAGGGCAUGAACGGGCUGCACGUCUCCCUGGAGAAGGUGGAGGACAGCAACCGGCUGAAGCGCUCCUUCUCUCUGGACAUCAAGUCC